AUGGCUGAAAUUAUGGAAGAAUUAGUAUUAUAGCAUCCUGAAGGAGAAUAUUCUUUUAAAGUAUAAAAUUUAGAAGAAUUGGAAACAUCUGUAUUUGAAAAGCUAAAUUAAUAGAAAAAUUUGGUGGUUGAAAUACGUUUCUUAAAUCAAAAAAAUGAGGCUAAAUAGAUUGAAGCUAAAUUGUUAGUAGAAAAUAAUGAUAAUAUAAAUUAAAUAGAUUCAUAUUUAUAUAUUAAUCUUAUUAAUUAGAGCGAACUUUUACUGAAAAGCUGUACUCUUUUCUACCAAUGGAUUUAAAGAUUAAAACAUUUAAAACAUUUUUCCUUAAUGUUAAGGAGUUAAUAGAUUAAGUAUGAUAAAAUUUAUCUAUUUGAAGGAAUAUCUUCAUUGAUUAAUUUAACCAGUUUAGAUCUUGACGUAGGAAACACAUAACUUGGAGAUGAAGGAGUAAUUAGGCUAGGUGAAGAGCUUUAAAAGUGUGUCCAUCUAUCUAAUUUAAAAUUAGAGAUUUUCACUAAUAAAAUUACCAACAUUGGAGCUAUUGAAUUAGGAAUUUUUAUAUCAAAAUGCAGAAACUUGACUUAAUUGUAUCUUGAUAUAGCAUCUAAUAGUAUAAGCGAAGGUUAAUUAGGUUUAGUGAGAGGAAUCAACUUAUGCCCCAAACUUCGUGAUUUCUAUCUUAUGAUUUACGGAACAGGUUAUGGAUAUGACUUAAGCAAGCCUUUAUGCAAAAGCAAAUCACUUGUCAAAUUUUAUCUCAUUUUAAAUUUUUGA